AUGCCUUUCCCAUACAAACACGUCCUUCUAGUCGGAGCCAGCUCCGGAAUCGGUCUUGCAAUGGCCGAACGUCUCAUUCAAGAGUGCAAAGUCACCGUCGUUGGUCGUCGCAAGGCGCUUCUCGACGAGUUUGUAGCCAAGCAUGGCAGCAACGCCCAAGCGGUCACUUUCGAUCUCGCUGAACUUGACAAAGCUCCACAAUUUGCUGCCGAUAUCGUAAAGGCCAAUCCUGACAUCGAUUGCAUCUUCCUCAAUGCAGCGUUCCAACAAUUCGAGGAUUGGAACAAGCCUGAAACUGUUGAUAUCACAGGAUUCAGAGCGACAAUAGAUGUUAAUUUCAUCAGUUUUGCGAUAUUAACCAAGGCCUUCCUUCCAUAUCUUACGGCGAAAAAGGAGAAGACGAGUAUCAUAUACACAACUUCCAACCUCGCAAUUGUCCCCGCCGUAAUUAUGACAUCUUACUCUGCUUCCAAAGCAGCUCUCAACGCAUUCAUCCUCUGCUUGCGAAACGACCUUGGCAAUUCUAAUGUCAAUAUUGUCGAGGUGUUGCCUCCUCUUGUUCAGACCGCAAUCCACGGCUUUGUUGGCCCCGACGGUAAACCAUUGGGCAUGCCUCUCGACGAAUUCACAGAGAAAGCAUACGCCGGUCUAUGCAGCGGCGAAGACAGCGUAUACGUCGGAGAUGAGCAAACCGGUGAACCUAUCUUGAAUGUUAUGACUGCGAGACGAGCAAUCUUUGAAACGAUGUCGACGUCAAUCAAGAACAUGUAA